GUCAAGACAUUCCCCGCCUCUUAUGGGACUCGAUGAUUAAUUACCGUGUUUACAAAACCCCGCUGUUUGAGACAAAGAUUAAAAAAGCGGUCUGUAAUUUUACCUGUUCCUUUGUUGGAUCUGAAUUUGGUCUCUCGUCGUUCCGGAAGAACACAAAUAAAGGUAAUCGAGAACAAGUAGCGAGUGCUGUAUAUUUGGCCUUGAAUGAUAUUUGACACGAAUUCUAGGACGAUUAUGAUUUUCUGUGCAGUUAUUUGGGUGAAGACUGAGCGUAUUGCUUUACAUUGUAGUGCCGAAUCCCACAAAUGCUAAAUGCGAAAUUUUAUUUUUUAAGAAAGACGAUUCUUUUCGGAUUUCAAAUAUAGGUUUUAAGUAAUUCUCCCCUCUUUACAGACUAUAGACAAAACUAUUUAUGCCAUUUCAACAGUGAAAACCACGGGUUACGCUGAAUAUAAAUGGAAGUCGUAUAAAGUUUUAGAUUUUCUAUGUAGUUUAAUGGAGGUAUGUGCCUUGAAUUACAUUCUGCAUCUAAGGCCGCCUGUCAUGUGUGCAAGGAGAUUUCUUAUCUCUGGAAUAACUUCGGAGUUGAAACACAGCAGAAUAAGAAAGUAAGGAUUUACGCUUCCGUUUAUGAUCAAAAGACGAAACUUUCUGACCGGGAAAAUUUUAAUAUAAAUUGCCUUUGGCCAUAAUGUUUUAUAGAUGUCUUUUAGGAUAAAUUAUUUUCCUAAAUUAAUAAAUCACUCAGUUGAAUUUAAUUUAUCGGUUGCGUUCAGAAAUUAGAUAUACAUCUUUCAGAAAACGCGCAAACACGCCACUUUGCGACCAGUCUAGAAGAAUGCUAGAUGGCUGUUGUAAAAAUUCGACGAUGUGUUGUGUUAAAGUGUUUGGCCACAGUAUACCGAUUGCAUUUUCGUGCACUACAAUGGAUCAAGGGCAACUUUGUUAAGUCUUCAUCCAUCAUCUAUAGCUGCGUUCGACAGGAAAUCAGCGUACUCAAUUCUCAGUUGUGUGUUGGAGUGUCUGCAUUGCUGAUGUGUAUCGCUUUGUCGGUGAACGCACAGUAUGAACAUCCUUAUGAACCACAGCAGCGCGCCCCUCAGUAUGAGCAACCCCAGCGCCCACUUCCAGUCAUUCUAAUGCACAAGCAGUCCCUGGCUCAAGAUGGCUCCUUCAAUUACGCCUUCGCGGCAGAUAAUGGUCUUCAGCAGGGCGAAUCCAUCAGCCCAGAUGGAACCAGAAGAGGAUCUUACUCCUACGUUGAUCCUAACGGCAAAAAGAUCAGUGUUAAAUAUACUGCAGGAAAAGAGGGAUUCCGAAUCUUGGAGGGUGAUCACCUUCCUAAAGCUCCAACACCUGUAGCCGCUGCACCUGCUGGUGGCUUUGCACCAAGACAGUCUCAUUACCAAGCUGCACCAUCCUACACGGCGGGUUACCAAGGAGCUGGAAGCAAUGUUCUGUUCCGUGGUCAAGAAGGCAGUCCGUACUACAAGGUGCAGGAUGACUACGAGAGCAAAUCCGCUGCCAAGAAUGUGUAUCAGGCCUCUGCACCCGCGUCCUUCCCGACGACGGAGCAGAGACGCGCGCAUCCCGUCGUCCCACAGCCACCGGCCCAUUACGGCGGAAGUUCGCAACCAGACGCUGAAGGCAGGCAGGAGCCCCACACCUUCGGCGGUGGUUACGCUUUCGAGUUCUCCGGAUGAUGUGGACCAGCUGCUUGACGUCGAACCUCGUUCCAGUCUGUAUUUUGUCUUUUCUUUAUGCCCUGAAUGAACGUGGUGCCGGUUACCUUAAUGUUGUCCAUGUGAUGACUCAGGUGAUGUUGAAGUUUCUGAAAAUCCGGAAGGAAUUAAAAUUGGGUCAGAAUUUUGCUUCAACGCUGCCAUUGCGAUUUCAGACCUUCAAAAUUUAAAACUUUAAUGUGUGUUAUAUUACCACGCUGUCGUGAAAGUACCUUCUGGGUCUCUCACGCAUGCUUAAAGUGAUGACACGACGUUUUCUUGUAUUACGGGAUUUUUUUCGGUUGAUUUUGUGGUCUUCAGAAUAUUAUUUUACACUGAACAUCUUGGAAGUUUACAUCCUUAAUUUUUAAUUACCGUUGCAGAAGAUCUUUUGUUAUUAAAAUUAAUUAUUUUAAAAUUAAAAAAUAGUCCGGUUGUAUAUGCAGAAUGUAGUAGUAACGUAUCGUAACUUAAUUUCGAGGGAUGUUUUUAAAGAACUGAAAACAAAUGCUGUAUUUCAUAUAUUCAGCUAUGCAGUUCGGAUAAUUGCCGUCCUAUUCAUCAUUAUACCUUUCUUUCUCACAAAAUUUCAACAUUAGUUUUUCGUGUCUGGAGAAAGAAGCCUGAAAUUGUUAUUACUAGAAGAUUAUGUGAAGUUAAAUAAUGUUUCCUUUUUACAUACAACUUCGCAGUACACAACUUUCAAAUGCGUUCGAUGGUAAAUUGCUUCCCUAAUUAGCAGUCAUGCCCAUUUAUUCAAAACAAAAUGUUGUAGUUGUUAUGCUGUGUAAAGAAUAUGUUUUUAAUGCAGAACACAGUUAAACUGUUAAACACCAGAGAGGUUACAAAGUAUGAGCCAUAUUUUAAAAUGUUUCAGAUGAAGAUGUAUUGAUCGACAAAAUAUAAUCUGUACCACAAUGGCAGAUACCUAAUAGCAGCACACCAUGGCUAACUGUUCUGCCAUCUGUUGACGCGAUUGUACAAUUAUUAUUCUGCAUCUUAAGGUAUUAAUCCUAGGUGGCACUUCAGUUUAUAAAGAUUUCAAAUUUGUGUGCACUAGCUAGUUUCAGUUGUGGCCACUAGAUUGCAUGUGGAUAACUGUUGAUAAUUUAUAGAUUAACUCUUUCCGUCUUUCAUAAAAUCGUUCGAAAACCUUUUCGUUUUAAAAUAUAAAAACACGACAUGAAAGCCUUAUAUGCUGCUCCCGGGCUGGGACUUGAACAGCUAACCACUUUAAAAGGUAAUGCUAUCUAUGUUUCUCCCUGAGGAUGGGUUGAAGAAAUUAUAUUUUUAUGUUUAUUUUAUUAUGCUUAAUUUUUAUUUUCGGAGUUGAUGUAUAAAGGUGAUAAAUCCAUUUGAAGACAUUUUCAGUUUAAAUUUUGUUAUUGGCUUGUAUUACACGCCAGCUGUAGGAAUGUAAUGUGUCGCCAUUGUUAUUAUUGUUAUUAUUAGUAGUAUUGGUUUUACAUUACGUGUUGGUUGGAUAAAUGUUGUCAGGAUGGACUGUACGUCUUGCAGCAAUUAUUUACAUGUCAAUAUGUUUAUAAAAGUUGUGUAGAAAAUCUGUUGAAUUGGUUUUAAGUAAAAUGCAGUUAUCUUUAUUGUGUGGAUGUUGUGAUUUAAGCAUUCGGGGAUAAUGGAGUGUGAUUCUGAAGCAAGAUGUAGAUGUUCUUUGCUAGCUCCAUGUAUUUGGAAUUCUUUGUUAUGAUAAAAGUAUUGGAACUGUGUAAACUAGUGCCACAUUUCUUCAUUGUGUUCUGUUAUGGGUAGGUUCGUAUGCUGUGUUACCUUUUGUUGGUAUUUCUAUGUAUGUUCUUUGUGUCAUACAGACGUUUCUAUUAUACGGGCUUUUUAAUACUUUCGUGUUAGGGUCACUUCUGGCUUGUACUUGUGGUUAGGUACGUGCGUUUGGGAUGUUUUAUUUCUGGAUUUGUAUUUCAUAUCUAAAUGAUAAUGACUCUAAUUUGCUUCGCAAUCAUGUCUACUUGUGCGACAGCUAAUGAUGUUAGUGCUUGGCUGUUAGUGGCCUCUUUUGGCUGUUGCCAAGCACUCUAAUAAAUGAAUUGAAUUGAA